CCAAGGAUCCGGAGGAUCACAGGCCUCCUUCCAGAGUAGAUUUGACUUCCAAGAAGGGAAAAAGGGGGCUGGGAUUAGCGAGGAUCAGAGCCUGGGGAAAUCACCAGAUCUGCAUUUGGGAAAGAGAAGGAAGGAAACAGAGGCUGGGAAACAAGGUGCCCAAGUUCCACCUCUUUCUUUUCCUGAACAGGAAGAUGACUCCCCUUCACUCUAACCAAGAUGUAAUUAACUCUGCAAUGGCGGCAUUUCAAGCAUUGCUGAAUCAGCAGGUCUUCUCCCCACAAAUUCCGAUCCCCAUGGAAGCUAUGAAAAUCAUAGUGAGAGACUGGAUAGAGUUCUACAUUUCCUACUUUGCUCCAAAGCUGAGAGGCGACCGGCAGGAGCGAGAGCGGGCCCAGGAGGAUUUGUGGGAAACGCUGCAGGCCAUAGCUCGCCCCUUCCUGGAUAAGUACAGAGACUUCCUCAAUGCACAGUAAACGCCUGCUGCUAGAAACUUCUAGACAUGGAGAUACCAAGACCAAAUCUGAAUUCUGCUCAACUGGGAUGGAUUUCUUUUUUAUAAAAGCCUAAGCCAACCCAACCCAAUACCCCAGGGAAAGUGAAUAGGGAUUGGCGGUCUUGGGAAAGCAUCAACUAGGGGAUUUCACUGCAUUUUGCUACUAGAUAAAAGGGUCUGCACUAUGGUAGGGGAAGGAAGCUGCCAGAAUGGGAAGGGGGAGAAGGAGAAGGACUGGGGGAGCCUUUUUUGAUACAGAUGGUUUCUGUUAAGCGCUUACUAAAUGCCAAGCACUGUACAAAGCGCCGGUGUGGAUACAAACUGUG